AUGAGAGCGGCCUUACUUACCCUUGCCUACCUCUGCCUAUCAGAGGUCACCGGAAUUAAGUUUGAACAGAAUCCCAGACCGCCACAGUAUGCAGACCCUGACCGAUACGGCUAUCGAAUUUGUGCAUCUUGGAAGUUGGCUGACGGGACUCCAAUAUACAGUGGAUGUGAUCCCUUUAAAAUCAAACGCUGUGGAGAGGAAUUGGAUUUUGACUACAGAUGCUGCAGCGGUUUCGAACGCAGCAACGAGCCACUAGGAGGAGCCAGCUCCAAUCCCUGUGGGAAACUUAUUCCUCAGUUUGAUGAUUGUCCAUCGGUGAUCGAAGGGCUUGGCUUUAAAAAGUUUGCCUCCUACCUAAAAAAUCGGCCCGAAUUGACACGACAAAAUGGUCAGCCAUACACUAUCUUUGUGCCGCUACCGGAAGAUGGUAACGAUUUGGAUCGCAUCUACGGGGGUAACAGCCAGGCCGUGAGCUACCAUGUGGCAAAGGGUCGCCAUUACGCAGACGACCUAAAAACGGGUGUCAAGCUCAAGUCGCUGUAUAGGGAUCAGGAUAUGGAGAUCUCCCGCACAACUUAUGGAGCAAGUUUCUCUCUAUCUCUUACAACACUAGAAAUGGGAUAUAUCAAUGUGGAGUGCACAGAGAUCAGUCAGGCAGACAUUGAAUGCAAAUCUGGUCUUAUACACAUCAUUCGCCGCCCUCUGAUACCACGAUCAGGACUUGGCAAUAUUGACAAGACUUCUGUGAUGAGUCUCCUGCAGUCCAAUCCAGAGACACGUGAAUUUGCUAGUGCCUUGCCACGGAAGUUGCAACAAGACUUGGGCAGAGUUGAAAGCGGUCGCUUCUACACCGUCGCCGCGCCUACUUCAAACUCCUGGUCCGAGCUUCGUGGAAGAUACAACCGUGAACAACUAGAGGAUAUUGCUGCCAGUCACGUGACCUCGGGAUUGAAGUGUACUUCAAAUAUAAUUAAGGCAGAGCAGAUAUUUACUGACAUGCAAGGCCAGCAAAUGAAAGUAGAAUGCGGUAUCAACCCAAGCAACCGGCAAGAAGUACGGAAAAUCAUUGAUGCAUGUGGCGAUGCGCAUGAGCUGAUCGAAGAUCUGUCGGAUCAGAUGGCGGCAAAUGGUGUUGUUCACGUCAUUGCUGAUCCAGUGAUUCCCGUGUCUCUAUUAGAUGAUUCAGCCAAGGUCAAGCAGGUCGACGGUACAGUGCUUUCCAGCAUACAUAGCGCUGCAGCAGACCUCAAAGUUGCAGAGCUGACAUUGAAAGACUUUAUGGAUCGUCCGGAAUGUGCUAAGCAUCAAAACAUUGACAAGUUCAUCGAUGUGCUCCGUGAAUGCGACCUCUACAUGGAUGAUAUGAGCCAAUAUGCAGUGAUUGCACCAGAAAAUGAAGCCUUUGAUUGGUGGAGUGGAUACCGGCAGUUCAGACCAGAGUACGAACGCUUUCAAGUGGAUGAAGACUAUCGUUGCGAGGUGGCUCGCUAUCACAUUGUAAAGCACAAUGGAAACUUGGCAAACAUUCCAGAUUUUUCAGGACAUACCGAUGGUCAUCGCUCGAAUAAUCGCAACAACUAUCUCUACGAGACUACAUACUUUACCAAGGGGAAAAUGGGCUCGACGCUCAACUGGCACUACUCACCCGUUAACAACCUUCAGCCCCUAAAAUUAAAGAACACCUCUAUUUAUAAGACCUCGAGAAUUAAUGUCAUGCCGGAGAAGAAUAUCACUGACAUUCUUGAAGAACGAAAGGACUUCUCUCACACCAAAAACAUCACAGACAUGGCCAACAUGGAUGAUAAUGUGUUCAAAAAGAAAGCCCCAAAAAAUCUCUACCUCGUCACUACUGAUGACGGGUGGAUUGAUCCGCGCUCAAAGCAGCUGGGUAAAAGGCUGGCCAGCCCCGAGCUGGCUCGUUAUGAAGGUCAUCCGACUCUUGCUGAAAACUUUGCCAAGCUUAACCAUGUGCCAUUGUACCUAUGGGGUGGGGACAUAGGAUACUUUGAGAAGAACUCAGUUCACCGAUUUAUGUCGUCGGCAGGCGUUGAACUCAUCUUCUGGAUGGAUGACAAGGGAACUAUGAGGAUUGGAUAUGAUGGGCUUCCACAAAGUGAAUGGCCUAAAGUGGUGGAAUACAACCUUCCCGCAAGAGACGGAAUAGUCUGGGCUCUGGAUGGUUUUCUGCGCUGUCCAAACAGACUGUGUGCACUACAACUAGAAGAUAAGGACACUUAUACGUUCUACACAGCCGCCUGCCUCUCCUCUGACCUAGAGGGUGAACAGGAUGUGAAGAGAGCCUUCUCUUCAAAACCGACAGAGAUUGCUAGACGGCAUCCAAACCAGUGUUUGGUUAUCAGACAAGGUGAAGUCACCACAAUUAAGGACAUCUUUGAGGAUGUGCCAAUUUCGGGUCAGGAGCUCUAA